ACAAUGCACCUGGGUGAAGUGACACGUUAAGUUUUCAUUGCUUUGUCGCUUUUGGGUCUAAAUGCCAAUGGAAACUACAGAUCGCCUGGCUCCAGAAUGAGUGCCGAUAAUCCCUACGACACUGCGUGUUGCCUUGACAAGUACUAUCACCUGUACCUAAGUAAGUUCCUGUACCGUGCGUUCAAAAAGGAUGACAUUCCUUUUGAUGACUACUACAGGACGCCCAAGGUAGAAUUGGUCGAUGUCCUGUACCCAAGGUUCCUAAGUCAUGUCUAUCUGCAGUGAGUGCGUUCUUCUUGCGAGAGAUUCUGAGCAAGAUCAGUUACCUUCAGACUGAUCCGAACAGUGACGGGGACUACACAGAUGUCUGGAUAUACACUGGGGGCCUGGUGUUCAUUUCAUUCGCCUACAUGUUCAUACAUCCUAUAAGCUACUUCCUCAUGUACCAAGGGUCGUACAGGCUGCGUAUAGUGCUCAAUAUGCUCAUAUACGACAAAGUUCUGCGUCUGAAGUCGUACAUGUUGAAUGAGACUAGCAGUGGGGAGAUUCUCAAUAUGGUGUCCAUUGACUUGGGCAAGUUCGAUUUCGUCGGCAUGUUCCUCACUUUCUUCAUCCAGGCACCACCUUAUUUCCUCACCAAAGCUGUCUGCUCAUACUUCAUCAUAGGCUGGCCGGGGCUGGCUGGAUGCUGUCUAUUCUUGAUCCUCAUCCCGAUCCAGCUGUCGUUCACGCGUCUCUUUGCCAAGUACAGAGUGAAGAGUGCUCUAGUGGCGGACGAGAGAGUGAAGUUGAUGAGGGAGAUCAUAGACGGAAUCAGAGUGAUCAAGAUGUACGUGUGGGAGGAGUCAUUUGCCACUGUCAUCCGCAAAUUCAGAGGCGCAGAGGUGAAGGAACUGAUCAAAAUGCACGUGUUGAAUGGAAUCAAUUACGGAAUCAACGCGGGAGCUCCCCAAUUUGUAGUGAUGACGGCCAUUCUCAUCACUCUCUACGUGCAGGAUGACCACCUAGUUCCAGACACCCUCUUCGCCUAUCUGGCCCUGAUGGUUGACGUCAGAUACUACGCUCAGAUGUUCACUUUGGCUUUGCCCUAUUUGGCAGAAGUGCGAAUUGCCUUCGAUCGAAUCCAGAAACUGAUGGACAUCAGCGAGAACCCAAGGGUGUACAUCGAGCGAGUAAAGAAGAAGAUAGAAAAAGAAGCAGAGGGUGAUGCAGAUGCGACUCUCCUCGGAGAUCAAAGCAAAAGCAAGUCCAGGUCCAACUUC